GAGCCAACUUUUGAUGAGCAGUUCAAAACGUUCCACAAGUGUCUCACUAAACAUUACAAGGAUGGAGGGCAGCGGCUAUACGAACCUGCAGACAUGGAAAAAUUUGCCAACAAGUGCACCCCUGGAUUGUUCGACCGUGCCUUGUGUCUAGUCAAGAAUGAUGAAAAACAACAGCUUUCUAAGAAAAGACAUGAAAUACUGAGACUGCGAGUUGUGGCACUGCUUCAUCAGCUGUCUUACUUUAGAAACCAAGUGUGUAUAAUAAUAAUAAAAAAUAAAAUAAAUAAUAAUACUAAUAAUGAUAAUGGUAAUGAUAAUGAUAAUAAUAAUAAUAGUAAUAAUAAUAAUAACAGGAACCAUACUUUAGAAAGACACUUAAAUUAAAUUAAACACCAUGGUGUGUAAUAGACACAAGUGUUGCUUGUUUGUUUUCAACAGAAAAACAAUCCCUUACAACAAGACUGUGGGUUGCACUUGUCCUUUCAUGGUGCCAGUGAUGAUGCUUUGACAGCUGGCUCACUUCUAGGAUUUAGCACUCACCCGAGAAGUGUGCUAAAUCAUAAAAAAGGAUUGUCUGGAAAAAGCAUUCACAAGACACAAGCGAUCGUUGAGAGUGCCAUAAAGGUACAUGUAUUUACAUACUGAAACAAUUCAUUAUUAAACAUCUGCCACCGCACAACACCCUGGCCAAAACAAUAAGUUGACAAAAGGUAAGGUGGCUGGAUGUAAAGAAGAAGGGGCUAAAUAGAAGGCACAAGGACCUUGUAACAAGGAGACAAAAACAACAAAAAUAGAGUGAUUUUAUUUGAACCGUGAAACAGAUAUUAACAAACAGUGCAAAAUAGCGAGAGGUAAACAAAAGAAGACAAUGGAAUUAAUACAUAAUAGUGCGUAGUAUUCUUCUACUUGUUUCACGGUUUAAGUAAAAUGACUUUAAUUUAUCAGUCCAUAGAUGUACACUGAUCCAGUUAAAAAUUUCCUCCCCAACAGAACAACAACUUCCUCCUGCUCAUUAUAGAUGAUUUUCAUUGUGUCCAGUCUAUAAAAGACCCCAAACAGAGCCAGCUGAGCAAGUGCCUUCACAUGUGUACUGGAGUAGUGGAUCACCAAGAAUCUAUACCGGCAAUGCCAACAACAAGAAAUGUCCACCGGGUUGUACCUGUCCGAAUUGCUGGGGGUGCAAUUGUUAACUGCCGGGGAGGAAUUGAUGCCAACAAAGUGAACGAGUUGUUUCAAGAGCAUUUGUCAAAUUAUUUUACAUUCAGUUAUUUAGACUCUCUACCUGCUGAUUUCAGCCAGUUUGACCUGACAAAUGUAAACAAAAGUUUAGUUGAAUUAAGGUAUGAUUUACAACAAAUCAGAAACCUAAAAGUCAAGGUAGUGGUCUAAUAGUUAUUGGGUGCCACAAGCUGGUACAAAAAGAAUAAUAUAACACUUUUAAGUAAUAGAUUUUAGUAAUGUAUUUCAUCCAAACUUUUCAUGCCAUUUAACACUUUGGCAUAAAUCAAUGCCACAGAAAUUUUACAAUUAACUGGCACCAUAAAUAUCUUUAUUAUAAAUUCCUCCUCAAAAAUGAAAUUGUCAACUCCAAAUGUCAAUAACUAGUUUUACAUACAGCCCAUCAUAAAUUUUUUCCACAUACCACUUUGCAUUGUCUCACAAUGUAGGAAUUUGAAAGGGAAAAUUUAAGAUUGAAUGGAUAAUUGACUUUCAACAAAUGUUGCAUAAGGGUGCCAAAAAAGAGCAUGUACAAUGUUUCAUGAUACAAACAAUAACAAAUACCUUGUAGAGUGUAUACAGAUGAGGCCAGACAUGACUUGGAUUUGCUGUCCAACACUUGGCUAGUUGAUGAAUUUGAACAGUCCCUUAAGAGCAUGGCAAAUUAUAGACAAGCAAUGCAGCACCUCAAUGAAGUUUGCCCAUCACUAAGCAAAUACAUGGAAAAGAACCUACUGCUCUUAGCUGGUGAUUGGCCAACAUGGUACUACAACAAGAAGAUUAUAUGCCAGGUUUGGCUUAACAUUUUUAAAACACUUUUAGCAUAAGGAACAAUAAUGAGCAAGGGAUGGCACAAUGGUGAGAGCACUCGCCUCCCACCAAUGUGGCCUGGGUUCAAAUCCCAGCAUCGACGCCAUAUGUGGGUUGAGUUUGUUGUUGGUUCUCUCCUUUGCUCCGAGGGUUUUUUUUUUCGCUGUGCACUCCGGUUUUCCCCUCUCCUCAAAAACUAACGCUGCCAAAUUACAAUUCGACUGAGAAUUAGGUACACAAGGACCACUUUGUGGAUGUGCUACCUCUGAAUCAAUAUAUAUUUAAUAUAAUAUUCACAGUAUAUUUCUGAAGUGAAAUAUUUCAUGCGUAAUGGGCAGUGAAUAUUUUACAACAACUUCUCUGUACUUGGUCAGAUUGAAAAUCUUUGAACAGGUUAAAUUUCAUAGAAGACAUUUACAUAAAAUUCAGGGAAACUGAGCUGGUAGAAAUUUCGUAACUGCUUUGCGUGUGACUUCACGGCUCAUUACGCAUGCAAGAAUGCAGAGAUGAAUCUGAAAUCUACAACUACCAACGGAUUCAACUUUCAAAUAAUGAAUUCAUUAAUGUAAUCUUGGGGGUUAUGCUUGACUUGACUGUAACACAUUACAAAGGAAAAAAAAGUUUCAACCAAAGAUAAAAAUGAGCCACAACACAUACUCAAGGGUAAAUAUUAUUCAAAACUUGGGCAGUCCCACUAAGAGAACUGCAUUUCAGGAGCAACAAAAAGAAACUACAGGUACGUAAACAAAUACACACUGAGAGAGUCCACUCUAGUUAAACAGAAAACAUUUACAUGUCUGUUAUUCUUAAUUACUUAAUAGUAAUUAAUAGUACAUAAAAUUUUAAAGUAAGAAUAAUUAUUUUAUACUUUCAAAGUUUGAUUAUGAACAUUAGCUAAAAAAAAGUUGCUUACUCUACAGUGGAAACCCGAUGUUGACCCAGACAGAGUAUUGUCAGUGGUGCCAUGGCAGGGGCCCUUCCAUAUCUGUCUGAACUCACACGAAGAUGUUGUGGCAAAUUUCCGCUGUUUUUUUGAAAAGCUGUACAAACACUUGUUUGGUCAAAGAAAAGUGUUGCCUUCCAAGCCUAAACCACACAGAAUUUCGACUCUCAUCACUACAGCAUUUGGUGGAUGGCUGACUGUAAAAACCGCUGUUCUACCUGCAUUUGGACAAUGUAAAGACCCAGAAUAUGUCCUUCUUGUGUUUCUCCUGGAUGAAUUGGUUCCACUUGUGUUUUACUUUUAUUCAGUUAUCUUUCGAGGUGGUGACCAAAGGAAGUGGGUUGAUGCCAUGAUACGGUUAGCCCUCAUGUUUAUCAUCCAAAGGCGGCGUCACUAUGACAAGGCCACCCUGUGUCAGUUGAGCGACCUUGUACACCAGCAAGAGGCCAUUCCCACCUUCCAGGAGCUACUGGAGCAAUGGCUCAAUGAGCUAACAGAAAAGAAAGUGGAAGUUUUCCAUUCACUUCUUCGAAGGUAA